UCAAAUAUUUGUUUUUGAACCCAAAGCAAAGAACAAGAAGCAAAGCAUCUCUCUUGCAUACAAUCCACAUGACCACCUUUGCCUUGUUUUCCCAUGCAAGUAUCUAACCUUUCCUUUGCUUACAAUUAAGAUCUUUUUGGUGUUUAAGUAUCAUUCUUUUUUCUUAUUCUCUUAAUAAUAAUUCUACCCAAAAACAUUUAUAUACAUUAUUCCUCCCAAAAAUACUCCAUUUUUAUACAUCUAUAAUGUAUAAAUCAAUAAAAUAAUUAAAAAUUCCUUCUUAAAGCUAAGAAUCUUCUCUUUUUCACAAUCAACUUAUGUGGGUUUUGGUAUUUUUGAGUCAUAUAAACACCCAUUUUAUCCCAAAAACCCCACAAUUUUUUUAGGAGCUUUUCUUAUUUAAACAUUGAUUUUCAUUUUUCACAAGCUUAUAUAGUACUCCUACUACAAAAACACCGAACUUUCUAGUCAAGUUUCAUGAUUUUUCUUCAUUUCCUAAGUUGAUCUUUGAUUGGUUUUCUAUGUUUUAUCAAAACCUUUUUUCCCAAUAAUUAUAGUUAAAAGUAAGAUGUUGAAUGUUUGUCUCAAACUUUUGGUUAUACACAUUGAAUAUCCUUAUUUGAUCUUCCCAUGUUCAUGGCAUUGAAGAACUCCCCUUUCUCAAUCCCCUGCUUUUUUGUAAUCUUCUCUAAUCUUGGAUUUUGGUUUAAUUUUCCCAUAAAAAUCAUCUUUUUUUUUCUUUUUUGUAGUGAAUCUUUUCUGGGUUUUGUCAAUAUCCCCAUUUCCAAAACAAAACAAAUUAUAAUAAUCCUUUCUUCCCUUUAUGGGUUAUCAAAAACCCAGAUUCUCCCCUUAAACUACUACUUUGAUGCAGAAUUUUUGUAUUAACCCACAAAAAAUUAACCCUAAUCAUGUACAAGCAGUGAAUUAAUUGAGAGUAGAGAGUUAAUCAGACUAAUAAUGGGUGAUUUAGCAGGAACAUUAAGAGCAGGUUGGCAACCAAUUACAACAUAUGAUACAUCAACUUCAAGAUACUGGUUAAAUUGGAGGGUUUUACUUUGUUCAGUUUGGGUAUUAAUCUCCAUGAUUUUUGCAACAUACCUUAUAUCAAGACAUGAAGGAGUUAGAAAUAUUCCUACAAGAACAGAUAAUAGUAUACAAAAUGGGAGAGAAAGAGAUACAACAAGAAGAAAAACAGAGGAAAAUCAAGGAAUUUUAUAUGGUGAUGAAGUUUGGAAACCUUGUCUUAGAGGAAUUCAUCCUGGUUGGCUAUUAGCUUUCAGAGUUUGUGCUUUUUUUGUGCUCUUGAUUCUUCUCAUUGUCAAUGCAAUAUAUGAUGGUGGGUCCAUUUUCUACUAUUACACUCAGUGGACUUUUACUCUUGUCACCAUAUAUUUUGGGUUAGGAUCAGUGCUGUCAAUGUAUGGAUGUUAUGAAUAUCACCAAAACAUAAGUGGUGAUAGAGUUCAUAGUGAUCAGAUGGUUGAUGCAGAAAGAGGUGCAUUUUCUAAUACAUUCAAAACCUCAUUAAGUCUUCAACAACCCAUUAAUCAUCCUUCCCGCCUCGCCGGUUUCUGGUGUUAUGCCUUCCAAAUCAUAUUUCAGAUGAAUGCAGGGGCUGUGAUGCUCACAGAUUGUGUAUUUUGGUUUAUAAUUGUUCCAUUCCUUGCAAACACAAACAAAAACUAUGAUCUUAAUUUUUUUGUCAUAAAUAUGCAUACAAUCAACCUUGUGUUUUUACUUGGUGACACGGUCCUGAAUUGCUUGAGGUUUCCUUGGUUCCGGAUUGCAUAUUUUAUACUUUGGACAUCAUUUUUUGUCAUAUUUCAAUGGGUUCUUCAUGCUUGUAUAUCCAUUUGGUGGCCAUAUCCCUUUUUGGACCUAUCUUCAUCAUUUGCUCCCUUAUGGUAUUUUGUAGUAGGAAUAAUGCACUUCCCAUGUUAUGGCAUCUUCUUUUUGAUAAUGAAGCUGAAGCAUAAUCUCUUGUCAAAAUAUUUUCCACAAUCUUACCAAUGCUCCAAGUGAUCAAGACAAGAAAGCUUGUCCAGUGUAGAUGAUAAUUGAUAACUCAAGUCUAAACUCAAAAGAUUCCAAGAUUUUGCACAUAUUUUAUUGAAGAUUGGUUUUCCCAUUGUUUCCAAGGUAAAGUAGAGGUACAAAAUUCAGAGCAAACUAUACAUGUCAGGAUAUAUUUACAAGCUGAAUUGUUGGCAAGUUUUGUUUUUACAAAUUUGAAGAUUGUUCCAAGUAAAACCAUACAAUAUGGAUCGAAGUGUAUUACCAGAAACAGCUUUUGUAUAAAUAUACAUAUUCAUAUACUGAUGAAGAUUAUAUAAAGUACAACCAAUUAAGUU